AUGCCCAUUUCACACACUCAGGAAACAGAUCUUCUGAGCUCAGGCUGGAGGUGCACCUACAGUAUGGUGCUGAGAACAUCAAGUGUAUUAGUGGUCCUCAUCUGGUCUCUGGAAGUGGCAGGAUGGUAUAGCAGAUGGGACUCAGGUGCUGAUGCUGUCAAUCUGAGUCAGAACCCCCAGUACACGGGUCGUGUAGAGUACCGUUGGGAUGAGAAGAGUGACUGCACCCUGAGAAUCAAGAACCUUAGUCAGAGUGACUCUGCUGAGUAUCGCUUCAGAUUCAACACUGAGAAAUGGGAUGACUCCUGGAGAGAACAUUUCCCUGGAACAAUUCUGACAGUCACAGAUCUGCAGGUGGAGGUGACUCCUGCUGUAGUGACAGAAGGACAGAGGGUGACACUCACCUGCAGCACCACCUGUCCUCUGUCUGGUGACCCCUCCUACAUCUGGUACAAGAAUGGACAGUCUCUAACCAGCUCUCAGACUGGGUGCUUUGACCUAGACCAGGCCAGCAUUGAGGACACAGGAAACUACUCCUGUUCUGUCAGAUAUGAGAAACUCCAAUCUUCUGUUGUGAUUAUUGAUGUCAGAUAUAAACCAAAGAAUGUCACUAUAUUUGUCAGCUCCCAUGGUGAUAUAGUGGAAGGCAGGUUAGUGACUCUGACCUGCAGCAGUGAUGCCAACCCACCAGUGGUCAAAUACACGUGGUACAAAGAAAAUGUUACCAUAUCUAAAGGAGAAAACAACACCAUGAACAUCAGCUCUGAGCACAGUGGAGGAUACUACUGUGAGGCUCAGAAUGAAGUUGGAUUCGCAAAUUCCACUACAUAUAUGGUCCCUGUUUUUAACCAAUCAUCUUUAAAAAAAUCUGUCAUAGUUAUAAUAACCAUUGUUGGGCUAACCCUAACUUUCCUCCUGGUCCUUCCUGUCAGUCUGUGGCUUUGGAAAAGGAAAACUUCCAAUCCCUCUUCAAUUGAGCAGGACAACCUUUAUUACGCCAGCAUCAAAUUCUCUCAUCCCAAAAACCAGGAUGAAGUGCAAUACUCCACAGUCCAACCAUCUCAGAUCCACAACCAGGAUGGGGAUGUGGAGUAUUCCGUUCUGAGGUUCUCCCCUCCCAGUGCUGCUCCCAGAGCUCAGUCCCCUGAUGAUUCUUCAGCAAUAUACAGCACAGUGAACAAAGCCAGAACUUAAACACAGCCAGCCAACAACACCAUAAACCUCCAGCCUGUAAAAAUCCAGCGCCAAACGUUAAACAACAUUUUUUGUAAAAACUGCCUUUAGUCAUUUACGUCAACAGUGUUAAAUAGGUCUUCUAGACAAAGUUGUUAUGCCCAGUGUCUUUACAAGCCUGUAGAUAGAAUCUACUUUACGGAGGAUUACAAAGACAAGUUAUUGUUUUUACAUUAUUUUACUCACUUUUGAAAGCUGUUUUCUUGCUUUUUGCAGAAGAAGGUUCUUUUUUUUAAAAUCAUACUGUAUUUGUAACCAUAACUUUUAGUAUGGAUACAGCUUGUAUAAA